GUUUUCGCCGCGGGUGCUGCGUUCAGGUGCCGUCGGAGAAGAGAGUUUAGAGGCUGUAGAGAGCUCUGUCUGACGUACAGGCAGACAGGCACCAGAGACAGGAUGAGUGAGACCACUUCUCACUUGAUACAAUGGAAAUGUGGUUGAAAGGCUCGAUUCUUGUGCUACUCACAGCCCUGGGGGUAUCAGGUCAGGUUCACGUGGAUCUGGAUGAGAGACAAAGAACAGUGGAAGUCCCUCACGGUUCCUCUGUGACGUUCCACUGCAGGUUGAGAACGCCGACGUACGACAGACUUCGGGUGUUCUGGUAUUCGAACCCCUCUUCAUUCAACGAUCUCAGAAAAACAUUAUACGACGAGAUCGUUAAACACAUCUGCGAAGACUUCCAGCGUGGUGUCGAACAAAACCGAGCAGGACGCCGGUCACGAAGAGCGAGAAACCGACGCCUCCUGGCGGAUGUAUACUUUAAUAAAUGUAACCGAACGGCACAGCGGAUGGUACUUCUGCAAAGUCACAGUAGAGAUCCCCUAUUAAACAGAAUAAACAGCAGUGGAACAGAAGUAGUUAUUACGAAGAACAAGGAACAUACACCGUGUCCGUCACUACCCAUAGUGACAGCGACCGCGUCUCCCGCAGACAUCGACUGGCGGAUGUGGAUCGUGUUGGGUGUUUCUACGGCCGUCCUGAUGGUCCUGCUGGUCCUGCUGGUUGUUUGUGUCCUGCUGAGGAAAAGAAGUAGACGACGCAGAAGCAGAGAAGAAGACCCGGUCUACACGAACACUCGACCUGUGGCCAACAGGCAGCCUUCUCCUCGUCCGGGGCCGGAUCACCUGAAGGCCGGUUCUUCCUCUCAGAACCUCCGGAGCCCGAGUCCAGGGGGCAAACGCGGGGAAGGCAACCUGAGAUACAAAUACUGAAGAAAGGUUGUGGAUCCGCUCCUCCUCGUCACAUUUAUAGAGUCCCUUCUAUUAUUAAUAUUCUGAAUAGUAUUAUUCUGAUGUGUUUACAUUGUUAUCAUUAUAAGUUUUGCAUUAUACUGGAAAUGUUUUUGUAAUAUUUCUUCUCAGGUAUUUUUCCUGUGAAAUAGCUGUUAUGAGCCACUAGAUGGCAGAUGGUGAAUGCUGUCAUGGGUGAAUAAAAAAAAGAAAAGAUUAUUAGCAUUAUUCUUUUCUUUUCCUUAUAUUUUUCAACCUCUAAAUAAUGUUUGAAUGUGUUGCCAACAAGCAGAUUUUGUAACGUAAAUGAGCAAAAAGUAGUACCUUUUUUAAUUUUUUUUUUAGGAAUUACUUUAUUUUUGUCAAAUGUGUGCUUAUAGUUAAAAAUAUAUUGAACAUGUAAGAUACUGGAAAAGCCAUUUUAACCCCACAGUUUGUAAUCUAUUAAAUUGUCAGAAUGUCACAAUUUUAUUUACAUGAAAAAAAAAUAAAAAAAUCAAACAAAUGAGAGCAAAAGUCGUCUAAAUCAAGGGAACAUUAAAUAAACAUCA